AUGGACCAUGAGAGCCUGAGAACGGCGUCGACAUAUUUGAACAAUCUUCUGCUGGCCCGGGGACUGCUACGCAAUGGCGACCCAAUCGACUUCGUCAAGCCCUCAAAGGAGAGUCGCGCCCAGAUCAUCAACCUCGUUCACGACCUCAUACUACGCGAAGAUCGCGACAAAGAGCAGCGAGAACAGGUGGCCACCACAAUCCGAUCUCUACGAUCCGAAGAUGCGCGCAAAACCCACGACAUCGAACGACUCACGACGAAAGGCGAGGAAUCGGCAAGAGCAGCAGUACAAGCACAAGCUGCGGAGAGACAUGCACUCGGGGAGGUGAAAAGGGUCGAGAAGGCAAUGAAGCUGUUGCAAGAUCAGACUGCGAAGCUCAAGACGACGCUGGCGCAAGUCAAAACACAGUGUACCAACGAUGUCAGGAAGCGGGACCUUGAGUUGGCGCGUCUCAAAACACAUCUGCAAGGGCAGCAGAGAGGAACAAGAGUUGGCACGGCAGCUCCGAGCAUGUCUGUCCGGAAGGCAUCAGCGGAGCAAGCGGCGCACGAUCUGACAGAUCCGGAAUAUAGCCUUAAGCAGGAGACGACCGAGUUCCUGACACAGCUCAGUCAGAGCCUCAGUGACGAAAAUGACAGCUUGAUUGGCUUGAUCAGAACUUCAUUGAAAACGCUGAAAGAUGUGCUCGGACUGCCGGUGAAUGUGGCCAAACAUCCCGAUAGCGCGGUGGGUAGUAUGGGCAGCGAUGCCGAAGCAGGAAAGUCCAAAGGCGGCAACAACCUACUGCUCGCGCUGCCCACAUCGUACGAGGCAUUGGCGGCGGAUGUGGAUGGCACACUUUCGCAUCUCAAGACGGUUCUGACAAAUCCGAACUUCGUCUCGGUUGAGGAGGUGGAAAUAAGAGAGGAAGAGAUCGCCAGGUUACGGGAAGGAUGGGAGCAUAUGGAACGACGAUGGAGGGAUGUGUUGAACAUGAUGGAAGGCUGGCUGAGACGAAUGGACACCGGCGACACCAUCAACAUCGAUGAUCUGAGAAGGGGCAUGGGCCUGGUCUCCCCGACCGCUGGCCGUAUGCGAGGACCUCGGCCUGCUGAGAUGGAAAUCGACCAAAGCCUCGUGGACAGCGAAACCAGCGAGGUCUCGCUGCCUGACAUUCAGGAAGAGAGCUUUGUCUCGUCUUCUCAUCGGCCGUCUAAUCGACCAAUGAGCAGUCCGAAGAGGAAAAGGGACGCGCUUGAGCCGCCGGAGUUUUUCGACUUGAGGCCGUCAACAAGUAGGAACAAGGCCGUUCCAGGUUCACCGGCGAAGUCGAUCUCGGACAAUGCACACCUUUUGCUCGAAAACGACGAGAGCGAGGAGCUGGAAGUGCCCCAGAUGACGAUCGCAGAGAAGCUAAGCGCCGCUCAAGAAGAGGCAGAACAAGCAGCCGCAGAUGCACGAUCAAAACCAUCCAGCCGUGUGUCUGCAGGUGUGCCCGCAACAAGUGGGAUAAACGGCAGCGUGGACGAGGAGAAAGACGAUGAUACUUUGGGCAAGUUGCCGGGCGAUGCCACUUUGGGCAAGAUCUUCAGUCCGAUAGCGAAGAAGACAAGGAUCAAAGGCCGUCCGCGGAAGAGGAAGAGCACGCUGAGCCCGGACGAACUUGAGGCGCUCAUUGGUGCGAAUGAAGAGUAG